ACACUUCUAUGUGUCAAUAUUAUAAUUGACUUAUUUGUACAAAAUAUGCAUUUAUUAUUGUGCGUAUAUUGUUUACACUUUUAAUUUUUUAUUUUCGUUAUUAUUACAUCAUAAAGUAUGGCAUUAAAUGGAUUUUUAGACUUUUUCCAGAAAGGAAAGACAUUCAGACCUAAAAAAAAAUUUGCUCAUGGAACAAUACGUUAUAGUCUAUACAAACAAGCUCAAGCUAGCUUAAAUUCUGGAAUAAAUCUAAGAUCUGCUGUGAAACUUCCUCAAGGGGAAGACCUUAAUGAUUGGAUAGCAGUUCAUGUUGUGGAUUUCUUCAAUCGUAUUAAUCUCAUAUAUGGUACCAUAUGUGAAUUUUGUACGGAACAAACUUGUCCUACAAUGUCAGGAGGGCCUAGAUUCGAAUAUCUUUGGGCAGAUGGUGAUAAAUUUAAGAAGCCCACACCUCUUCCCGCCAAGGAAUAUAUAAGUCAUCUCAUGGACUGGAUUGAAAUGCAAAUAAAUAACCAAGAUUUAUUUCCUUGUACCAGUGAUAGACCGUUUCCAAAAAAUUUCUCAAAUUUAUGUAGCAAAAUUUUGGCCAGAUUACAUAGAGUUUUUGUACAUGUUUAUAUACAUCAUUUUCAAAAUAUUGUAACAAUAGCAGCAGAAGCGCACGUAAACACAUGCUACAAACACUUUUAUUAUUUUGUAACUGAAUUUGAAUUAGUAAAUAGGAAGGAACUUGAACCAUUAAGUGAGAUGGCUAUGAAGAUUUGUAAGGACCUACCAGUUUAAACCCAUAAUUAAUCGUGAUAACUAAUUAACUUAUUAUUCAAUUUCAAUGCUCAAAAAAUGUGUACUACUACGAAUUUAACAAUAUAUUCAAGCAUUCUUUCCAAAGGAAAUAUGGUUUCCAAGUUAUGGACUCAUUACUUUCAUGGCGAUAGAGAUGAAUCCAUGAUCUGAGAUCAUAAGUCAGGAAUCUACAUAAUUCUCUUAUUAAUUGUAAGAGAAAAUCACGUGAACAAAAAAAUGAGAUUAAUUAUUUGAAUUAUUUAAAUAGUUUCAAAAUUUUUGAAAAUGAGAACAAAAAUUUUCUUUCUACUCAAUUCGAAAUAGAAAGUUUUAGAAGUACUUUUUCACUUUUAUGUAUUAAAUUAAUUGUUCAUUUCCCUGUAUAAUUUUUAUUUUUAAAACAAGCAAAAAUAUGUUGAAUAAUUUUUAAUUUAAUGUUUGUUCGUUUUGUUUAAUUGUUAUGUAUAUUUAAGGCAAUAAAAUUGAUUUAAAGGC